AUGGAUAGACCAAUACAAAAUUAUGGCUCUGCUCAAACACCUUGCAUCGGCAACCGGUUGGAUGUAUUCGAAUACUCUGAUACAAUUCUGGAGAGUGGUGAAAGUGGAGGGGAGCCAUCGAGCCAUCACUACCUCUCUUCCUCACACCACCCUUUUUUUGUUAGCAGUCUCAAAAAGGGGUUAUGUUGGUACAGGAAGCUAUGUACAGAUCAUGAGUACGUCGUCGACGUAACUGAUGACGAGCAGCUUGGAAGCGUGGGACGGGUGUAUCGGAACAAGCUACCCGAAUCCACACCUGAUCUGAGACUAUACUCCACCCAUGAAUUUCUUAUGCGGGAUGAAGCUACUUGCUGCGGUCUCAAAGCUUACACGGCACUGCCUCUAUUUGAUUCACAUACCUAUCAAUACUACGGUGUGUUGGAGCUCUUUCAAAGCUACUUUUCUUCAAAUAACAGAGAUCAUUUACUAUCUCUGCUGGAUCGAGCACUACAGAUUGCAGGGUUGAGUUCCAAUCACAAUUACAUUGCUAUUAGCUGCCCAACAAAAGAAAUGCAACAACCUGAAAGUGGAAUAAUAGAGGUACUUGAAUUGGCUGUGGCGAUAGUCCCCCGACUAUAUCUAGCGCAAGUUUGGAUCCCUUGUAACAAGCAGUGUGUUAACAUCUCCACCAACUUAUGCUGCAUGGAGAUGAUAGCUUUCAUAGAUUCUCAAAGUAAGACAUUUAACUCGUGGGGUGAUAUUGAUGAAAUUGAUGAUAAAAUGCAUGACUAUCUUCAAUCUUGUAAAUUUCACAAUCUUUACAUAGAUCACAGUUGCCAUUCAAAUUUAUGUGGUCUCACUAUAUCUGAGAAUCCGUUAGCCCACUAUGCCCAGAGAGCUAAAAUGUCCCAUUGCAUUACACUUUCUCAUCAAAGCAAUAGCAAUCACUUGUACGUCAUCCAAUUUUUUCUUCGGCCAAAUUAUAUACAAAAUGAUCAUUCUGUACACUUGCUCUUAAGGAAGCUGGAGAUCAAUCUCAAAAGUGUAAUAUUUUUAUCUGGGAAACAACUUCUAGAGGAUUAUCUAAGGUGUGAUGCAAUAGAAUGUGAGUCAACUAAUAGUUUCAGUUUGAUGAAGUCUUACAAGCAAAACUUUUUGGACUUGAACAUGACAACAUACUUGAAGAUAGUUGACUCGUGCUGCCUAAAACUUUUCUCCACGGGUAGGGACAAAGGAUGGGUUUUUCGCUUGCUAGCUAGACAAAGCGUAUGUGAAAACCAUGUUAAAAGUAACACUUCAUUGAUCAAGAGGAAGAUGGAAGGGUAUAGCUGCUUUUAG